AUGUCCGACAUUAUCAUCACCGGUUAUAAAGUCCGCGAUUUGCGGUUCCCCACUUCCCUCGACCAAAUUGGGACUGAUCCCAUGAAUCUGGCAGGUGAAAAUGCUCUUGGUGUUGUAAUCUUCUCUACCAACAAGGGUUUAGUCGGUAGUGGUUUCUCCUUCUCCAAUGGUCAAGGUAACGAAGUUCUGUGUGCCGGUAUCAACGCUCUCGCACCUCGAUAUGUUGGUCGUACACUUUCCUCUUUGACCGAAAACAUGGCUGUCACUCAACGUGAGAUAGUAUCUGGACAAAUUCGAUUCAUGUCUCCCGAACGUGGUGUCAUGCAACUUGCCUGCAAUGCCAUCCUCAAUGCUUUAUGGGAUUUGUGGGCAAAAUCUGAGGGUAAACCUCUUUGGCGUUUGGUGGUCGAUUUCACCCCAGAGGAAUUCGUCAGAUGUAUCGAUUUCCGUUAUCUCAGCGAUGUUAUCACUCCUGAAUCCGCUAUCGAACUUCUCAAAUCUAUGGAGCCCGGAAAGAAAGAACGUUUGGAGAAAGCACUCAAGAAUCAGGCUGUACCGGGGUAUAACACCUCUGUUGGCUGGUUAGGGUUCUCAGAUGAAGAAGUAGAAGCCAAAUUGCGUCAAGCUUUGGAUGCCGGUUUCAAACAUUUCAAACUCAAGGUCGGUUUGGGUCUCGAAUCCGAUCGUAGGAGGUUGGGAAUGAUCAGAAAAGUCGCAGGUGACAAGGCGAUUUUGAUGACCGAUGUCAAUCAACUUUGGGAUGUGGAUCAAGCUAUCGAGUAUAUGCCACAUUUGGCGGAUCUCGGACUUUGGUUCAUCGAAGAACCAACUUCUCCCGAUGAUAUUCUCGGUCACGCCAAAAUCCGCAAGGCACUCAAGCCAUACGGAAUUGGAGUAGCUACCGGUGAACAUGUGAACAACCGUGUCAUGUUCAAACAACUUCUCCAGGCCGAGGCUCUCGAUGCUGUACAACUUGACGCUAUGCGUUUGUGUGGUAUCAACGAGAUCCUCGCUGUCCUUCUCAUGUCGGCCAAAUAUGGUAUUCCCGUCAUUCCCCACUCUGGUGGAGCCGGUAUGACCGAACUCUGCGCUCACGUCUCCACCCUAGACUUCGUUUCCAUCUCUGGUAAAGCUUUGCUCGAAUACGUGGACCAUUUACACGAGAAAUUCGAACAACCAGCUUCUAUGACCCCAGAAGGUUUCUAUACUUCUCCUACCAUUCCUGGUUACUCGGGAGAUAUCAAAGAAGAAGCCUUUACGGAAUUCGAAUAUCCCAACGGAUCGUUCUGGAAGACGGAACAGGGGUUGAAGAUGGUUAAUGAUAAGUGGAGGGGUGUUCUCGGUCGUCAAACCAGCUAG